AUGUGCCAGCGUAAGAUCUUCAUCCACCACCGCUGCAGCCACAAGAUCACGGAGCUGGUCGAGCAGUGCGGCAGCGUCGAGUGCCGCACCGUGACCGACGUCGGCGUCAUCACGAACAAGUACCCGUGCGCCGUCCUCGAGAGCAGUGUCGGCAUCGCGGACUUUGCCUUCCAGGCGCGCGAUGGUUCUGCGUAA